UGCGUCGCAGCUUGCGCAUCCUGGCCCGCGAGGCGCCGCCCAUGGGGCCAAGCGUCAAGAUGGCGGAUGGAUCAUUGCUUAAGAAGACAAAGACGGCGACGAGCUCAGUGCGUGCGAAGGCUACCUCGCCCAAAGAGUCCCGGGCUACAGCCAAGCGCCUGGCCAAGGAUGCAGCGCUUGCCAGCGACCGCGCGCAGAGCCUCGCCACCCUUCAGGCCCGUCGAGAUGCAACGAUGCACACCAAUAAGUUUGUGGGAGCGCACGUGUCGGGCGCCAAUGGCUUGGAGAACGCGGUCUUCAACGCGGCCAAGAUCGGCGCCCGGGCAUUCGCUCUCUUCACGCGGUCCCAACGCACUUGGGCGUGCAAACCACUGGAGCAGCAUACGAUUGACGCGUUUAAACAAGCGAUGCGCGACUUUGGCUACGGCCCGGGCGACGUCGUGCCGCACGGAAGCUACCUCCUCAACUGCGGGUCGCCCGACGACGCGACGCUCGCAAAGAGCCGCGCUGGGCUCCUUGAUGAAGUCUCGCGCUGUGAGCAGCUGGGUCUUUCGCUCUACAACUUUCAUCCGGGCUCGACGCGCGGCGCCAUCUCGAUCGACGCGUGCUUGGAUCGCAUCGCCGAGAGCAUUGCGGGCGUCUUGCAGCAGACGUCAGGCGUGACCAUCUUGAUCGAAAACAUGAGCUGCCAAGGCUCGACGAUCGGUGGCCACUUUUCAGAGCUGCGCGGCAUCAUCGAUCGCAUUCCGGAGCACCAAGCCGACCGCAUUGGCGUGUGCUUGGACACCUGCCACGCCUUCGCCGCCGGUUGGGACAUCAAAGACGCGUACGAGGCGACGAUGACGACGUUUGACGAGACGGUCGGCUUGCAGUACCUUAAAGCGCUGCAUCUCAACGACUCGAAAGGCAUUCUUGGCUGCCACGCCGACCGCCACGAAGCCAUUGGGAAGGGCUGCAUUGGGCUCGGCGCCUUUGAGAUGCUCAUGAACGACCCGCGCUUCAACCAUCUGCCGAUGAUCCUCGAGACACCAUGCAUCGACGAGUACGCUGCCGAGAUUGCUCUUUUGUAUGGCCUUUGCAAAGUAUAG